GCAGACGAGACGUAUCGCAACUUGGUGCAGGACAAGAAGCGAGAGAAGGAGGGCCUCAACCUCCCCCAGACGCGCUUGCCGGGCAGUCCUCGAGGACAUCUCGCGCACGGUGAGGCCUUGCCGAGCUCGUCUGCCAUUCUCCCCCUCAGUGCGUACCCUGCGGGGCCUUCAACGCGCGGACCGUGCACGGCAGCUGCGCGGCGCCGCGGUGCACGCGGCUCGCUGGAAGCCACCGUUCUGGUCCGGCCACUCGCCCGGAGUGGUGGAUCGACGCCGCGCAUCGUGCAAUGUUGCUGCGAGGGCGGCCGCCGGCGCUGCCCAUCGGCCAGCGCAGGCCCGGGCAAUGAAUUUCAAUAG